CAUAUUUAGAUCCAUACCCGAUGGGUUAGCCAAGCGCUCCAAGAUUCGAAGACUCAACGCCGAGGGAUCGAAGUGAAGAUGUCUCACAACCCUUCUCAACUCCUCCCUUCUGAGCUCAUAGAUCGAUGCAUCGGAUCGAAGAUAUGGGUGAUAAUGAAGGGCGACAAGGAGCUCGUUGGAACCCUAAGAGGCUUCGACGUAUACGUUAACAUGGUCCUUGAAGAUGUCACAGAAUAUGAAAUCACAGCUGAAGGGAGACGGAUAACAAAGCUUGACCAGAUACUGCUCAAUGGAAACAACAUCGCAAUUCUGGUUCCCGGCGGUUCUCCCGAUCCAGAAUGACAGGACUGCUCUCAAGCAACUAUUGAUGCGUUAUAAGAUUUGAUUUGCGUCUGAGUACUUAACAGUGUCCAAAUGCUAUGAUUUACUUAAUCCAGAACAUACAAGGAGUUUAUUUAUUGCCAUAAACUAGAAACAAGGAACUUCACUGGUGUAUUUAAAUUUAAUCCUGUGAAUUGUGCUUGAUUAUCCUGCAA